CACGUGACCUGCAACCUUCUGCAUCCUGCAAAGAGCCAACUUUGUUAUUACUCGCAUCGCGCUGGGAGAAUUUCAUGAAUCAGGUUUAGCAGCCCAGCGACCAACACAGAACGCAGACAGCGGUCUAGGAAGAUAGUUCUUGAAGCUACUGCUCUAGCGACGGCUGCGUGUAUCUUUCGAGUUUUUGGCGUGCGCUCGCGAAGCAAUGGAGUCGGCCAGAUCGACUCUCGUAAUUCCCGAGAAACUCAAGUGCGGAAUAUGCAGUCAACUUGCUCGAGAUCCGUCCAAGUUGACGUGCUGUAACAUCAGCAUCUGUGGAUCAUGUAGAACAAGUCUGCCACAGUCAUGUCCGCGUUGUGGUCACAGUCCUCUGGAUAACUCGGUAGUUGCUGAGAAUAAGUCGAUGCGGACUACAAUUGGCGUCUUCUUGAAGCAUGCCGAGAAGUAUGCCAGAGACGUGCUAACAAACAAGUCAAAAGAGGACGCGAAGGUCUCGCCAGCGCCUUCUAAUGCAUCUGGAGAAGCGUCAGAUAAAGCAAAACCACAAGAGUCGUCUCCAACAAAAGAUAGCAAUCCUCCGAGGACAAUACCACCACCUCCUCCUCCUCCUUCGCAUCCACCACCCACAGCAAUUUCGGACCGCACUCACCCUAUACCAAGCAGUCAGCCUCCCAGUCAAAAGUUUCCGGAUAAGAGCUCCCAUGAGGUCAAUGCAGAUGCCCACAUGUCAAAUUACGGAAUGGCGGGGCGACCAUGGAAUGGCAAUGGCAAUAAUAACAAUUUCCCAAUGAACGUCCACGGUCCCAGCAAUCUCCCUGACCAGCACUCCAACGCCUGGAACCCCCAAACGCGGCAAAUGCAUCCAGUAAACAACCGAUUCGCCGGUGCCCCACGCAACGUCACACCAGACCACGGCCCCGUUUUCCACCAAGAGCCUGGCGCGUACUACAACAACGUCGGGCCUGGCGGGAAUGGGUUCAACAAUUACAGGCGAGGAGAUGGGUUUCGUAUGCGAAAUGGAUACGACAAUCGAGGUGGACCCGGCUUCGACUCUUAUCGGAACAAUUUUAAUGGGAAUCAUAUGCAAGGCCACGGUGGGAAUUUUGUCCCGUACAACUACUAUAAUUCACAACAAGGCAUGCCUCCCUCUGCAGGUCCUAUGAACCCGAACGACUCCGGAUACGAGGAGCCAGUGUAUCGGCAACCUAUUUCCGCGACUGUCAAAGAACUCACCUCCGGAUCUGAUCCGCAAAACUACGCAAACAAUGCCUACGGGUUUGCAAAUCAUCCGAUGGAGAAUAACGGACCUGGCCAUAAUCGCAUGCCUGUGACUGACCAUACUGCCGAGCCAGUGAGUGCUCCGACUGGGCCCAGAGGCGUACGACAACCUUUGCGAGGAGGACUCGCUUCCGGUCAAGGCUCUUCUGCCUCAGGCUCCCGUGUCCCCGAACCGGCUCAGACACGUAGAGAAGAACCUAAGGUUGAAGUCAAAGGCUCGAAAGACGGUAGCGCAAGCAUACAGAUAAAGGCAUCGGACGACGGCCCAUCUCAUAGUCAACAAUCUCCGGCUGAAAACAACCCACCACGUCAACCUUCUGACCCCGCUUCAGCUGUACCGAGCGAAAUUUCAAAAUCAAGUCCUGGCUCUCAAGAAUCUCGCCCGUCCUCGCGCUCGAGGAGCUUAUCGAACGAGAGACAUGGCUCAGCAUCCCCCGGCCCAGAACAGGCGACCCCUCCUUUCCAUAGUGAAACGAGCCCAAACCGCUCAGAGCAGCCUUCUGAAAUCGAGGAGGAGAGUAUUGAGUCUGAAUCGCACCCGGAACCCGAACCUGAACCCGAGCCUGAGCAGAAGACAGUGCGGCAAGAGGAGUCCUAUAACGAUUUUGGAAUUGAUAUUGGCGGCGACGACGAUGGCGAGGAUUCAGAUAUGGAUUUCGAUUUACCGUCGUACAGAGCUAGCACGAAGGAAAACACAAAGCCGAAAGCAGCUCCUACGGCGGCCCAGGCGGCGUCGAUGCCUGAAGUAUACACCAAGAGUACGGUGGGUGGUAAUAACGCCCCUCGUGCACCGGCAGGAAAUGCUAUGGGUGAUAGAAAGCGUGACGUACGGCCUGCGAAACCUGAUGUCUCUCGACCUGGACCCAAUAACGUACCAGCAAGAAUGCAGCCCGUUCAAUCCAACACGAAACCUGGUGACCGCAAGCGCCGACGUGAAGACGAUGAACGCUUGCAGAUCAUGGAGCAUGAUCGCAUGCGUCUACAAGAGCCUGGCGGUAACCGAGACCGUCCUCCUGUGACUGACCAGAACAAUCAAAGAGAACGUGAAAGGGAACGGGAACGAGAACGGGAACGAGAGCGUGCUAGGAAUCGCGAUCAGGAUCGGCUCCGCGGAGACGAACGCGCGCAAGAUCGUGAAGCUAGACUUGGCGUGGGGAGGUUGGCGCCUAGUGGGCCUGCUCUUGCCCGUGGGCCACCGCCGUCUCUUCGCACAAGAAUCGAGGGACGGAGGGAGGACGACCGUCGACGAGAUCCCUGGAGCGAAGAUAGCCGCCGUCUUGCGCCGAGUGGCUCUGGAUCAUCUACGCCUGGCGAGUCUAGAGCUGGUAAUGAGCUGGAAGGUAGGGAAGAAGCGGCUGGUGCUAAACGAAGGUCUCGGAGGAACAGGAAACAUAACAAAUGAUCAAGACGGAUCGUGAUCAUGUGGUGGUUGUUUCUUUGCAGGCCGUUCCUGCAGUUUAUCUUUAAACGGGCAGGCUUUGGGGGGUAGACAGACUGUUUGUACAUUAUAUCCUGGCGGAUGAUCAAGUCUCUAUACAUUUCGUCUCUCUUUGAGUCUAUACUUAUUACCACUAUCAUAUGUAAUCAUAUUUUUUUACCCAUGGAGAAAGAGAGAUAU